AUGUCCUUUGACGGUGAGAUGGAUCACGAUGCUUACAGCGAAGAUGACUGUUCAGAAGCCACCUCUUCUGGAGAGGAAGAGAUGGACGCUAAUGAGGAUGAUGCGAUAAAUGACGGCAUGGACGAAUUUACACAACGCGCCUACGGGCCGAAACCCGGGGAGUUGGAUCGAAAAGUGCUCGAAGUGGAUGAGCUUCAUGUGGAGAUGAUUGGGAUUAUAAGCGAGGUCCAAGCAGUGAUCCCAGUAAAUGUUGGCACCGCUCGAAUUUUGCUGACCCAAUUCUUGUGGAACAAGGAGAAACUGAUGGAAGCAUUUUUUGGCUGUGGAGAUGAGCAGGCGUUUUUCGAGAAGUACAACGUCGCCCAAACGAGCUCGGAGUCUGACUCCAAAAAUUCGGCGCAACAUGGAGAAUGCAACAUUUGCCUAGAAGUAUCGGGAUUAUCGGGGCCUGGAUGCGACCAUGUGGCCUGCUCGAAUUGCUGGAGGCAAUAUUUGGAGACAAAGAUCAGCUCCGGCUCAUGCUCGCAAAUUCAGUGCAUCGGCACGGGGUGUAAGGUGUUAAUUGAGGAAGAACAAGCUCUAAAAUACCUUGGGCCAGGCCCGGCGACUCAGAAGUUCAAAAAAUUGACGCUGAACGUCUUCGUUGAGGCGAAUCGGCGUAUCAAAUGGUGCCCCGCUCCAGGAUGUGGCAAGGUGAUCAAGGUGGCCGCUGCUGGACCCCGCCAAAUCCUGUGCAGCUGCAACCACUUAUGGUGCUUCUGCUGUGGCGAGAGCUGGCACCGUCCGGUGGACUGUCGCGUCCUCCGAAACUGGCUGAAACGUUCGAGCAGCGACAGCGAGACGAACACCUGGAAGAGGGUGCACACCAGAGACUGCCCCAAAUGCCACACCGCCAUCGAGAAGAAUGGUGGAUGUAACCAUAUGACUUGCCGGAGUGCCGCGUGCAAAUACGAAUUCUGCUGGGUGUGCAUGGGAGAUUGGAAGCAGCAUAUGGCGAGCUAUUCUUGUAACAAGUUCGAAGACGCUGCAGUGAUCGAAGCGAACAACAUCCGAGAAAUGGCCAAACGGGCGUUGGAACGAUAUCUACAUUAUUACGAUCGAUACCUUAACCAUCAACAAUCGCUUCGGCUUGAGGAGCGUCUCAACAAAGUCGUACGCGAAAAAAUGGACGAUAUGCAACAGGGCGGAGCGUCUUGGAUCGAAGUGCGAUUUUUUCUAAAGGGCAUCGAGGCGCUAACAGAAGCCCGCCGCACUCUCAUGUACACCUACCCGUUUGCCUACUAUUUGAAGCCCGACAACGAAACACGGAUUUUUGAGGAUAACCAGACGGACCUGGAAAUGGCCACGGAAGCCUUGUCUGAACUCUUGGAGGCCCAGUGGGGAGGCCAGGACGUCACUGAAUUGAAGCAAAAGGUCCUUGACAAAUCGAGCUAUGUGGAUCAACGCCGACUCGUCCUCCUGAAGCACUGUGAGGAGGGCAUGGAGAGAGAUGCCUGGAAAUAUACUGAA